UGAAGAAAAAAUUUGAAUAUCUCACUUCGGAGAUUUUUCAAAAUUAUUAAAUUAAUACGAAUUUUCAUGAAAAAGUUAGAUGAAUGAGAACGUUAAAAGUCUAACGUGAAGUUAGCUACGAUAAAAAAGAAAAAUAGAAAAAAUUAAAUAUAAAAAAAAUAUAUAUAUAUAUAAAUACAUAAAAAGUAAAGUUAGUUGAGACGUGAGGAAUGAUUUUCACCGGAAGGUCGGUUGACGCUCUCGACGAGGUACGCGGUAGUAGCGUCGUCGUCCAGAACGACGAGCGUCGCGACGUUAAAGCCGUCGCUAUAGCAGCCGGUUGGUUCUCCAGUUUGCGCAGACCCGGCAAGAGGAACAAGAGGUCCUGCCAAAAGCAGGCAAAGAGUGCUUGGGAUCUUACUACCUUAUCUACGCAAUUGAAAGAUGAACUUGGUGAGGUCGUGGCAGAGAUGGAGGCGAUGGAGGGCGGAGGUCUCGUUGCAAACGAGACGAAACCGACGAACAAGGCAAAGCAGACGUCGAUCGGGCGUAAGAAGUUCAACAUGGACCCGAAGAAGGGCAUCGAGUACCUGAUCGAGCACAACCUGUUGGCACCAACACCAGAGGAUGUUGCUCAGUUCCUUUACAAGGGCGAGGGCUUGAACAAGACAGCGAUCGGCGAUUAUCUUGGAGAACGUCACGAUUUCAACGAGCGCGUAUUACGUGCCUUCGUCGAACUCCAUGAUUUUACCGACUUGAUAUUGGUCCAAGCAUUGAGACAAUUCCUCUGGUCCUUUCGUUUACCUGGCGAGGCACAAAAAAUAGAUCGCAUGAUGGAAUGUUUCGCACAGAGAUACUGUCAGCUCAAUCCAAAUAUAUUCACUAACACCGACACCUGUUACGUUCUCAGCUUCGCCAUUAUCAUGUUGAACACGUCGCUUCAUAAUCCAAGCGUUAAGGAUAAGCCCAGCGUAGAACAAUUUAUAUCCAUGAAUCGUGGUAUCAACAAUGGCGGCGACCUACCACGAGAAUUACUCGUGAGUCUCUACGAAAGCAUAAAAACGGAACCAUUCAAGAUCCCGGAAGACGAUGGCAACGAUUUGAUGCACACCUUCUUUAACCCCGAUAAGGAAGGCUGGCUUUGGAAGCAAGCAGGUGGACGUUACAAAAGCUGGAAAAGACGGUGGUUUAUUCUUAACGACAAUUGCCUAUAUUAUUUUGAAUAUACGACGGACAAGGAACCACGCGGUAUCAUUCCGUUAGAAAACAUCCAAGUUAGAGAAGUACAAGAUCGACACAAACCUCAUUGCUUUGAACUUUAUGCAGCUGGAUCAGAAUUUAUUAAAGCAUGUAAAACUGAUAGCGAAGGAAAGGUCGUCGAAGGCAAGCACACAGUGUACAGAAUGUCUGCAGCAACAGACGAGGAGAAAGAUGAAUGGAUCAAAUGUGUACGGCAAAGUAUAUCACACAAUCCAUUUUACGACAUGCUAGCCGCAAGGAAGAAAAAGGCACAAAAGACAAAUGUUUAUUCGAAAAGUUAAAUAAUAACUUAGAGUAUAGAGUUUCUAAAGAAACUCGAUUGACAUGAAAGACUGUACUUGGAUCUCAAAGAUAACUUUGAAGAGAGAUUCUAGAACACGAUCAGAAAAAGAUCUGAUCGUUUUAGAAACAUCAGUAGGAUGUAUCACAACCAACAGUGAACAAAAAUAUAUAACAGGACAAGGUACUGAUAUGUGUAUAUAAAUACGUAUAUAUAC